AUGCGCGCGUCUCCGUCGCUCGUGCGUCUGCUUUCGACAGAGACACGCACCAAGAUUCAAAAUGCCGUGAAAGAGGACCCCCUUGUCGUGUUCAUGAAAGGUUCGCCUAGUAUGCCGCAAUGUGGAUUCAGCCGUGCCGUGCUCCAAAUUCUCCAGGUGCAAGGCGUGAACCCUGACAAGGUUGCGACGUACAAUUGUCUCGAGGAUCAGGAACUGCGUGACGGCAUCAAAGAAUUUAGUGACUGGCCAACCAUUCCUCAAGUAUACAUUAAUGGCGAGUUUGUCGGCGGUUGUGAUAUCAUGCUCAAUAUGCAUCAGACGGGCGAGCUCGAAAGCACUCUUCGUAAGGCAGGCCUCCUUCUUGAGCCGCUGGACGCCGACAAGUCUUCGUCAUCGAACUAA